AUGCGCCAGCUGACGAUUGUUUCUUCGGCAACGCCCACUCCUAGUUCAACAUCAUCUACAUUUUUUACAACAGAAUCUACAACACCCACAAGCACUACCGCUUCUUCGACACCUACAAGUACUGCCGCAUCUCCAAGUCCGGUAAGCGGUGGUGAAACGAAGCAAACCAAUACCGGGGCUAUUGCCGGCGGCGUAGUCGGUGGUGUGGCUGGUGUAGCGAUCUUGAUUGCGCUGGUGUGGUUCUUUUUGCGGCGCCGAAACAAAAACCGCCAAGGAAACGAGUUGCAGUCCAUGCCUCCCCACCCUCAGACCCAAGAAUACUUUGCGCAAAAUAGUGAGCGCCAAGUAGCUCCUUCGGAGCUCGACGCCCGGAAGCAACAACAGGUCGCCGAAUUAUAUGGUGGAAACGUUACCCACCGGUGA